AUGCUUCUCAUCGACAGGCUGCCAACGCCGCACGAGGAUCUGAGAGCAGGGGACGGAGAGACGGAGGGGGGACACCCGGGGAUGGAUGGACGGGGACAGAGAGGGGGAGAGAGAGGAAACAAGACGGGACAGCGAGGAGGAAGUGAUAGAGAGGAAGGGUGCGAAGGAAGGGAAGGUGAAGAGGCCAGACUGCUUAGGGUGGGAUGAAGGGUGGGAAAGAGAGAGAGAGAGAGAGGGAUAAAGAAAAAAAAAAUGAUGAAGAAAAGAGGAAGAGGGGUAGAAGAUUUAUCUGAGUUUACUCGUUUAAAAAAUGAAGAAGAGGAAGAAAGAGGGAAGCAGAGGUGAUGUGAGGCAAAAGGAAGGAAGGAAGGAAGGAAGGAAGGCAAGGAUAAAAAAAGGAAAGGCAGAAAUGAUGGAGUCAAGGAAGGCAAAAGAGGAAAAAGGAUGGAGGGAUGGAAGCCAAAGAUGGGAGGAAGCUAAAGGGAGGAAGGAAGGAAGGAAGUACAGAGGAAAGGAAGCCAAAGAUGGAAGAAAGCUGAAGGAAGAAAGUAUAAAGGGAAGGAAGCCUAACAAGGAAGGAAGCUAGAGAAGGAAGAAAGGAAGGAAGGAUGGAUAGCGGUAAGGAGGCCAAAGAGGGAAGGAAACUACAGGAAAGAAGGAAGGGUAGAGGGAAGGAUAGAGGGAAGGAAGCCUAAGAAGGAGGGAAGGAGAGGUGAUGUGAGGCAAAAGGAAGAAAGAAGCAAAGGAAGGAAAGGAGGAUAAAAAAGGAAAGGAAGAAAUGAUGGAGUUAAGGAAGGCAAAAGAGGAAAAAGGAUAGAAGGAAGGAAGUCAAAGAUGGAAGGAAACUAAAGGAAGAAAGGAUAGAGGGGAGGAAGCUAAAGGACGGAAGGAAGGACGGAAGGAGGGAGGGAAAGAAGAAAGGAAGCCAAAGAGGGAAGGAAGCUAAAGAAGGAAGGGAACUACAGAAGGAAGGAAGGAUAGAGGGGAGGAAGCUAAAGGAUGGAAGAAAACCAAAGAGGGAAUGAAGGAUAAAGGGAUGGCAGGCAAAAAAAAGAAGGAAGGAUCGAAAGACAGAGGGCAAAGACAGAAAGCAGAAAGAGAGAAGGAAGUAAGGCAGGAAAUGAAGGAAUUUAGGAAAGGAGGGAAGAGAGGAAGGAUAGAAUGAAGGAAGGAAGGAAGGAGGGAAGGAAGGAAAGCCACAAAGGAAACAUGUAGAGAAGGAAGUAUAAAAAAGGACAGAAAAUAAGAGUAUACAGGAAAGGCAGAGAGAGAGAGAAACCCAAAAUAUUGAAUAAAAGAAAGAAAAUGAAAGGAUGAAAAUAUAGAAUUAAACGAGGGAAAGAAAGAAAUUUGUGAAUUAAAUAAAUACUAAUGACACACUGAUGAUGACAAAUAAGACAGAGGUACAAAGAGAUAAACAGGUACACACACUCAACACACACACACUUAACUUACACUUACACAUUCACACGCACACUUAACACACUUACACAUUCACACACACGUUCACACACACACACUGAGGGAAUUCCCUCUUCUUGGUCCUGUCAAGUGAUUUGUCCUCCCUCCUUUUUAUCGGAGCAGAGAUGAGAGGAGGAAGAGGAGGAGGAGGAGGAGGGGUGAGAAAGAGAGAAAAAGAGAGAGAGAGAGAGCGACACGAGGAGCGAGUUUCUCUUUUUAUGUGACAAAUAAAGAAAUCAAUAAAUCAUUGUGGGCCUUUGACAGGUUGUGGCGAGGAGGGGCCGUCCGCUCCUCAUGGACUAUUUAUGAAGCUGUCGCCGCCACCGUCUCUCUCCCUCUCUCUCCGUGAGUGAGUGAGUGUGCGUGAGUGUGUGUGUGUGUGAGUGUGUGAGUGUGUGUUGGCUGGUUGGUGAGCAAGAGUACUGUCUGAAAUAUUUAAAUGUUUGCGUGCAUUUCACACCGGACCUGUGGCCCCGCCGAGGGGAUGGUGGCUGCAGGAGGAGGAGGAGGAGGAGGAAGAGGAGGUCACAGAUUCAGUUUGAGGUUUAUAGUCACAGCCCUCAUAAUGACAUAUAAUAAUGAUAAUGAUAAUAAUGAUAAUGUUGUUUCUUGACCUUGUUACAUCAUGGUUUAAAUCUUAUACACAUGUGUAGUUUUAUUUAAAAAUGUCCGUCAGUCUGAUAUUUGAGAGUUAGUGUUUCUCCUGCAGUCGUCUGAACUCCUCUCUCCUCCUCCUGAGCGCCUCUGUGUCUGAGCAGGAGGCCUUGAAUGGGCUUUAGUUGAUUAAUGAAGAGCUUUUCUAAAGAGUUCAUUCUCACUAACCUGCUGUAAUCCAGCUAUUACUGCAGAUUAUCCUGAUUAUUACAUCGCUGUGGGCUCACCGGGCCGAGAGCUCAAAUUAAGAGGGGUUAGUCGGAAAUUUUGUGGGUUUUUACUCUGAGAUUAUCCUGAAAUGAGAGUCAUGAUUACCCUCCAAAACCUCGAGUGGAUGUGUUACCUGUGUGAUCACUUACAUUUGGUCAUAAUGAAUCCAGAUUAGAGUUUUAAGAUUAACAGGUAGUGAUUUAGAUUUUGACGGGGAUGGAUUUUAUUCGUCUUGUUUUACAUAUUGAACGUCUUUGGCUGUUGGACUGAAGGUUGCACAAAACUAGGGUGAACAUGUGUCCUCUUUUACCGGGACAUGUCCCCUUUUGGGGGGCUGUCUGGCCUGUCAGAGGGGAAUUUAUAAAGAGUUUUGUAUGGAAGCCCAAUUCUGCCAGUUAAAAAAAAAAAAAAUAGACGAUAAAAUGUCAUCUUUUUUUUAUUUAUUUAUUUUUUAAGGUUCAAGGUAACUUUUUUGAUACCUGUAGGUAGAUUUGUUUAGCAGUUUCAAGCGUUAUGCACCAACAUUAAAAACACAGGACACAUGCAGCAGACACGUUAAAAACAGCACAGACCAAAGACAUUGACAGGUACUCCCGGUGGCUCACUGAUCGUGGUCAAGAGACUAAAAUAAAUAAAUAAAAUAAACAUUAUAAACAAAAGUCGUUGGAUAUCACUAAAAUGCCAGUAUGACCCUGUUAAGAUGUGCGGUUGAAUUGUGUUAAAGGCUGAGGAGAAGUCGAUGAAUAAAAGCCGUGUGUGACACCCAUUCCCUUCCAGAUGUUUAAAAAGCAAUUAAUUUUUGGGAAUUCAGAAUACGUGUUUAACUGAGGUAGAAGCGUGUAAAAAAAACACUCAACCCGACCUGAAAAAUCCUCACAAUGUUCUUCCUUGAGCUGUGUCACCUCGCUGUAGUCCGUAAUGGACUGGCCUGAGGUCUCACUACAAACAAGUGGCUGCUGGAAGAGAGUAGGUGAGUUGUGUUUAGUCUCUUUGCUAAAGAAAUGAGUCAUAGUUAAAAAGAUGUUUGGUGUCUAGUACUAUGUCUGUGACCCUAUAUGUCCUGUUGAUGAAGUUAGGUGCUGUUCUGAGCAUUAUUUGUGGCGAUAGAGUGGUGUUUUGGUUUGUUUAUGGCUCCUCAGACCGCUGUGUAUUGCUAUCCUGCGGUCGUGACUAAAGUUGAAAGCAGUCGGCAGAAAUCAUCUCUCCGGGGGGGUGUCUAACUCCGUGUUACGGUGUGUUUAACCCUAAAUUAAUUUUACACCUUUAAGAAAAUAAGAAAAUGUGAUGCUCUUGAUCAGCUCCAAAAAUCUUGUUUUGCAGAGUCUGGUUGGACAAAAAUUUGCCAGGUCUUCACAGACAGGUCCAUUUGUAGAGGGAUGAACCCAUCAGUAACAAAAACAAGCACGUUUAGAUAAUCCAUCUUGUUGCACAGCUGCAGCUUCUUUUACCUUCUUUCAGUAUAAUAUCUAAUUAUGUUAAAGAAGAUUUCAAAUCAACAUGGAAAUCUUUUUGUUUUUUGCAUUGUGUUUCUGCAUCCUUGUUUGAUGCACCUUGGAUUGGUCUAAUUUAAAUGUACAAGUUUUUAUUUGUUUUAGCUUGGUUAAGAGUCUGACUCAAGAUCUGGAUCCAUGAAGGAACCGGUCUCCCACUUGUCUGCACAGAAACCUGGACUUCUGACAUCAACAGUUUUCUUGAUGUGAUCCCCAAACACCCGACUGAAGAUCCCAGAUGAGAAAAUCUGUGCAGAUUAGCGCCCACAUUCAUAAAAAAAGACGUUAUAAUCUGACACACGAUGUUGAUUUUUAUUCAGGUUCUUGUUUUUCUCUGCAGGAAGCACUUUAGAGCCGUAAAAACUUUCUGUUCAGUCGAAUCACGUGUUUUAUUCCUCGCUCUUAUGUCGGUUAGUGUGAUUCUCACUGUGUACCUGUAAAGCUCAAUAUAUCCUGUGUACAGUGUGUGUGUAUGUUAGUGUGUGUUAGUGUGUGUGUGCAUGUGUGUGUGUUUGUGUGUGUGGUGAAGCAGCUCGCGGCGAUGCUGAGAUUUAAACUCAUUCUGUCUACGGCUCCAUCAGAUAACGAGCUGAAUCAGCACGCAGCGUACGGAUAUGCUCAGAGUGGGACACACACACACACACACACACACACACACACACACACACACACACACACACACACACACACACACACACACACACACACACACACACACACACACAGACAGACACACACACACACACACACACACAGAGUUAAAGUGAGCAUGAAUCUGACAUUCAUAAAGAUGGAGGGGGAGACAAAGACUGACACCAGCGCUAUAAUGAGCAGGAAUCUCUCUCUCUCUCUCUCUCUCUCCUGUUUUCCUUCAUCUCCUCUCUCUCUCUCUCUCUCUUUAACGAAGCGGUUUCCAAAAUGAGGGUCGCCCCGCUUUACAGUGGUCACAAGGUUAUGGUUAUAUGAGGGGUCACAGCAUGAUUAGAGGAAGCGAAAUGUUUUGAUAUUUUUUGCAUGUUUGAGUGAUGCUCUCUGUCUGAUCAAAUAUACAUCAUUGUAAAAAUAAAGUAAAAACAUUUUAGCACUGCUGCUGAUGAUUCUUAUUGCCGAUAUGUCAAAGCUCUGCUACAGUUAUUUUCCUCCUGCUGUGCGAUGUGCACUGAGCAACCAAAGAGCAGGUAGCUGUGGGGCAAAACAGAAAGAGAAAAGAAAAGAAAGAGGAAAAAGAGAAAAAAUGCCAAGAUGUUAAUCAGAGAGAUUUGCGAGGGUGUGUGAAUGAUCAACAAUCAAUAUUAUUGGCAGAAAUCGAGGUCCCCAAAAUCUAAUUUUGCUCAGGCCCUCAUUGAGGCUUGGUUUGGUUCGGCUCUGCCCUGAAGUGUGGAGCAGCUGAAAUCCGAGAGUCUGUGAUCGUGUUUAACUUUCAAAACUCCAGGAACUCCAGGAACUGUCCUUGUCUCCACAAACAUUUGCAGAGUCUGGUUAAAAGAGGAGGUGAUGCAACUCGCUGGUAAACACGUCCCUGUCCCGGCGCCGAGGAUAAUAAAUGCUGCCGACGUCAGAUUUAGAACCAGUGUGUAUUUUUCAUAAAACUGCAGUUUUCUGCUUCAGCGUCGCACAUCUUUUUGUAGUAAUAAAGAGUUUAAAUUAUUUGCAAAUGCAGGUUUAAUUUUUCACUUAAACUAAAUUUUUUCUCUUUUCCCGCAAAGUUUAAAAUCAUCUCAUCAUCUAAUAACAGCUAAAAUUACAGCUUCAGAGAUGUUAUGAGCUGGAUUGUACUCUUCCUCCUCCUCCUCCUCUUCAUCUCGUUUUCUCUCUCUCUCUGUUGGAGCUGCAGCUGGAUCGCUUUCAGAGCCCUGCUGUCGGUGCUAACCACACUGUGACCCCGCUGACCCCUCUUAUAUCCGCCGCCUUAUCUCUUCCAGCCCACCACAGCACCCCGCACCUCGGCCCUCACCGCGCUCUCUGCUGCUACCCCUCCCUGAGGAGGAGGAGGAGGAGGAGGAGGAGGAGGCGGUCAGCGAGCUUCAGGCCUGUCCCUGCUCAUUUCAGGUUAGCCCGUCUGCAUUAGCACCAGCCAAAGUGACAGCUGUCAGCGCCACUGAGCGCGCACCAGAUGCUCCCCCUCCAUCCGUCCUUGGAGCUCAGCCAGGACGAAGGUGA